AUGCGAAACGGACUGAACGUGAGGAGAAGACAAACAGCUGAUCCCGACCUCGAGCAUCCGCAGAGAAGGAGGACGCUGUCUCCCUCUCAGCCUCCAGUCGCAGCGUCAGAAAGCAGCAGGCAUCCUCCGGCAGUCCGGGUCCCGAGCGCACGAGUGUCCCGCCUGCAGAUGUAAACAAUGAUGACCCUCACCCCACCCAGCCGGGUCUGAGGAGGAAGAGGACCAUCUGAAAGCAAAACGGCAAAGAGGAGGUCGCCCUGAUUACAGUCUCCGCUGUGAGCUGAAGCCCGUCCUCCCUGGCAGGGGAUGGGUACAGCAGAAGCCACUUUACGCAUGGACAGCAUGGAGGUUAAGGACGAGUGGCAGGAUGAGGACUUCCCCAGGCCACUACCAGAGGAUGGAGAUGUUGAUUCCUCAUGUGGCCUCACAGACAACAGAACCAAUCCUCCCACCACCCUGAAUGUGGGCGAGUCCAUGGCCCAGCGUAAGCGUCGCACUCUGGUCGCCCCCGACAUGAACCUCUCCCUGGAUCAGAGCGAGGGGUCGGUGCUGUCGGAUGACUUCCUGGAAACGCCCGACGACCUGGACAUCAACGUAGACGACAUCGAGACUCCGGAUGAGACGGACUCACUGGAGUUCAUCAAUAAUGGCAACGAGCUGGAGUGGGAAGAUGACACUCCCGUGGCCACUGCCAAGCGGCUUCCCGGCGAAAGCGAGGAGGAGAGAGACUCAUCUGGUCGUCUGUGGCGAACAGUGAUCAUCGGUGAUCAGGAGCAGCGGAUUGACAUGCAGGUCAUCAGGCCGUACCUGAGGGUGGUCACACAUGGAGGUUAUUACGGUGAAGGUCUGAAUGCCAUCAUCGUGUUUGCAGCCUGCCACCUCCCUGACAGCAGCUGUGAGGACUACACAUACAUCAUGGAGAAUCUCUUCCUGUAUGUGGUAAGCAGCUUGGAGCUGCUGGUGGCAGAAGAUUACAUGAUUGUUUACAUGAACGGAGCAACUCCUCGCAGGAAGAUGCCCGGCAUCAGCUGGCUGAAGAGAUGCUACCAAAUGAUUGACAGGAAACUGAGGAAGAAUCUUAAGUGUCUGAUCAUCGCUCACCCAACGUGGUUCAUCCGGACCGUCCUGGCCAUCUCAAGACCUUUCAUCAGUGUGAAGUUCAUGGAUAAGAUCCGCUACGUUCACACCUUGGAGGAACUCAGCCAGAUCAUCCCCAUGGAGCACGUGCAGAUCCCCGAGUGUGUGUUGCAGUACGAUGACGAGAAGAUAAGAGCACAACGGGAAAGACUUGAGCAAGAGCAGCAGCAGACCAACUCAACGCUGCCUAAAGAAAGGCCAAAGUCAGUUAUGGCAGAGGUUGGCCGUGACAUCUGACAUUAAGAGCUUUACAUUGACGGACCAGUGGGGGGGACAUUCAUUCAUUAAAACGGGAGCCAGCCUGGACCACCAUGACACGCUUGCUGCACAGGAUCAAAUCUCCCGACAGGAUCCGUUAGCUGCAAGACAAUCAUUCCUCAAAAACAUGACCUGCAGUGACAUGCUCGCUUCUGACGAAAAGUUCAUCCACACCGAAGCAUUUCAAGAUAUAGCUAAAUCAAAAAGCAUCUGCCCCCUGCAUGUCAAGUUGGGCUUUAUCUACAGCAUGACUUCAACUAUACACAUUUAAAAUGAUAGAUUUGGAUGAACACUGACGCCGGGGGUCGUCUGUUUCAAAGUGUACAUAUGUGUAUAUAUAUUUUUGAGAGGCAUUUGCACAGUUAUUUGGUUUUUGAUAUGAAUGGCAUGAGAACUGUUUGGUUUCAUGGUUUAAUGAAAAAUUAUGUGCAAUGAUGUUCCUCUUAGACAUUCAGUAGAUGUUACUUAGCGUUUGGGAUGCAGGUGGCAUGCUUGUUUAUAUCCUUCUAUCUCUGUUACAGUCACUUUCUAAGUCAUUUGCCAUCAUGUUUCAAAGAGUACUUUUACAAGAUGUAAAUCAUACGUUGUUACAAAUGAAAUGAAAUAU